AUGGAAAAGCAAGACAAAGAAAAAACUGAAAUAACCUACGAAUUUACCAGAAAAAGGAAACAUUUUGGUAGACAAACUUUGUUCACCGACCGCGAAGGUGAAAUGAUAAUGUCGAUACCGAGUAACCCGGCGCUAUACGCUAACUAUAUCCUGAGGAAUCCCAUCAACGUGGCCAUACAGAACACGGGGACCAUGUCCGAACAUUGGGUUAACUCUGAGAGAGUUGAGUACACAACAUCUGGUAUUAACCACGUUGAAGGUGGGUGGCCGAAAGACAUAAACAUGAACGACGCAGAAGCUACCCAGAGGUACAGGCGGAAAAUAGAAAAAGAUGACGCUUAUAUUCACGCAGUCAUGAAUUUAGGGCACAGUAUGGAGCACAAUAUCCUACAGAACAACGCGGUAGACGUAUACCAGACGUACUACUCUGAACUACCAUCGAUCCCCGCAGUAGAGAAGAGUGCUUGUCACACUGUCAACGUGUAUAGAGAGCCGGGAGGGAACAGGCGGCCAGUACGCGCUUUGUCCUGGCAGGCAGAGGGCGCUAGGUUGGCCACAGCACACGCUGAUGUCAACUACAUGAGGACUUCUAGGGGAUUGCAGUUCUCGUAUAUCUGGGAUAUUGAGAAUGCCAACGCUCCCGAACUAGUGAUCAAGCCACCAGAACCGCUGCUUGACUUACAGUACAACCCCCGUGACCAACACAUACUUGUAGGCGGUUUCAUGAAUGGACAGGUAGGCUGGUGGGACAGUCGUAAAGGCGGCGAGCCGGUCGGGGUGUGCCCGCCGCACGUCGCACACAGAGACCUCGUACGUAACGUCCUCUUCAUCAACUCCAAAGCCGGCGCUGAGUUCUUCUCAUCGUCACCAGAUGGCGUUGUUAAAUGGUGGGACACUCGUAAUAUGAACGAGCCAACAGAUACGAUGAUCAUAGACCUGGUGAAGACGCACACCGACACACAGAGCAUCGACAACGCUUUGGGAAUAUCGGCUCUGGAAUACGAGCCCACUAUCCCAACAAGAUUUAUGGUUGGCACUGAAACUGGCUUAGUAGUCGGUGGCAACAGAAAGGGCAAAACGCCGUUAGAAAAACUACCGUCCAAGUAUGAGGCACACCUAGGCCCAGUAUACGCUCUACAGCGGAACCCAACGUUCCUUAAGAACUUUCUCACAGUGGGCGACUGGACCGCGAGGGUUUGGAGCGAGGACUGCCGCGAAUCCUCCAUACUGUGGACCAACUCGCACCAUACUAAACUAACGGAUGGAGCGUGGAAUCCUAUUAGGUUCUCUCUAAUGCUGCUAACGCAAUGGGACGGGUGUCUGUCUUGCUGGGACCUGCUGCGGCGCCGCUCAGCGCCUAUCGUCACCGCGCAGCUCUGCGAUGAGCCGCUACUGCGGUUACGACCGCACGAGGGGGGUUUGCUCGUGGCUUGCGGCAGCAGCAUGGGUACUAUUUACCUAGCGGAACUUUCGCAGAAUCUUGGCACGGCUGAUAAGAACGACAAACAACUUUUAACUAAUAUACUCGACCGCGAGAACAAACGCGAGCGUAUACUCGAAGCGCGCAUGCGUGAGUUGCGUCUAAAGUUGCGUGCGUGCGACGCGCCGCCGCACGAGGAGCCCGUCUGUAAAGACCGCGACUUAGACGACGCCGAGACUGAGUACAAACAGGCGUUAGAAACGCUACGGUCGCAGCAGAAGGCGCAACAGACUGUUAAUUAGAAGGUUUAUUAUUUA